UGCGCGAUGUUCUUUUGUUUCAUUCCGAGGCGACGAAGAAAAGUCUUGGCGUUUAUAGUGUUGGUCAUGACAACAUGGCGCUGGGCGGGGUAAGGUCUGCCCUCUCUGGGCUUUCCGACCUUCGCAAGGAGAAGGCUGAGGAGAAGGAGAACCUGUGGAAGAAGAUCCUUGGCGAGGUUCAAUCCAGCGAGCGGAACAAGCUGCCGUCAUGCAAGUCAGUGCUAGUGUUGGGUGACAAUGAAUCCGGCAAGACCACGCUGAUCGCCAAGCUUCAGGGGAACGAGGACCCCAAGAAAGGUUCGGGGCUUGAGUACGCCUACAUCGAUGUGCGUGAUGAGUACAGAGAUGACCACACCAGGCUCAGUGUUUGGGUGCUGGAUGGGGAACCAGUGCAUGGGGAGCUUCUAGAGUAUGCAAUGAGUCCUAAGAACCUUGAACACACGCUGGUUCUCCUCACUGUGUCCAUGACUACUCCUUGGGGCAUCAUGGACCAACUACACACUUGGGCCUCUACGCUGCAGGAUCACAUCGAUAAGCUGAACCUCGACCCUGACUACUUCAAGGAACGCCAGGAUAAGAUGUCAAGGCUAUGGCAAGACUAUGUAGAGCCAGGAGAUGAGCUGGAGGCCGGGUCCCCCAUGAAGAGGUCCUCACGCAACCUAGAUGGAGAUGAGGAUCCCGUCUUGCCCCUGGCCGAGAACGUGCUGACGAGGAACCUUGGCCUGCAUGUCAUUGUUGUCGUUACGAAGACAGACUACAUGUCAACGCUGGAGAAGGACUUUGACUAUAAGGAGGAACAUUUUGACUUCAUCCAGCAGUCAAUAAGGAAGUUCUGCCUGCAAUAUGGCGCAGCGCUCUUCUAUACCUCGGUCAAGGAGGACAAGAACUGUGACCUCCUUUACAAGUAUCUAGUCCACAAAAUCUACAACUUCCCCUUCAGAACUCCCGCGCUGGUGGUGGAGAAAGAUGCGGUGUUUAUACCAGCAGGAUGGGAUAACGAGAAGAAGAUCGCCAUCCUUUACGAGAACAUGCACACCAUGACCCCAGAAGAUUAUUACACAGAUGUCAUUGUUCGGCCGCCUGUUGUGCGCAAGGCGAUGACGAGAGAGAUCGAGGUGCAGGUUGAGGAGGAGCAGGCAUUCCUGGCGCGGCAUCUGGCACAGCUGCAGGCGGGCGGCACCGGAGCGCCCCACACACCCCAGGGCCGGCAGGAGUCCCCCCUCAGGCAGUCCCCGGCAGUGCAGAAGACCAGUGACAGAAGGGUUGCCACCGGUGUCCCUGCCAACCAGAUGGGAUCUCCAAAGAAGAUGUGGAGGCCCUCGUCAGCGGAGAUGAACAAGCCAGGUGGACCGGGCCCAAGCGAGGGUGUGCUAGCUAACUUCUUCAACUCCCUCCUAAGUAAGAAGACGGCCAUCAACAGCCCCCCCACUGGCGGCAUCAAGACCAAUGACAAGGCAGCCAUGCGGUCUGACGCGGCGGCAGAGCUAGACCGCCUCACCCGGAGCAAGAAGACCCCCAUCCCCCCCACCACCGCCACCACCAACAGCACCCCGCCACCCGCCACCACCGCAACCACCACCAACAACACAGACGCCAACUCCUCGGAAUGUUGACUGCGGAAGACAGAGUGUGUUGGUUGAAAUUGAAGGAAAUGGUCUACCCUGUUUGUCUGUCUGUCCCUCCCCCAUCCGUUCCUGCCGCCAGCACCCUCAUCAUCACCAGGGUGUGGCUGGGACGUGGGAGGGUGACAAGGGUGUAGAGUAGGGUGGGGUAUGACAAGGGGGGGUAUAAAUUUCAUUCCUGUGUAUAUGAAGCUGUGUCUUUUUUUUUCUCUCUCACUCUUGAUGGCUUCCCCCACCACCGCCACUACCACCGCCACCACCACCACCACCGCUGCCACCACCACCACCACCAGGAAGGCCAUCACACACCAUUAAUCUGUGCUGUGGUGCUAAGCUGAUCCUUCAGUGCCUAAAAUGUGUGUGCGUGUGUGCGUGUGUGCGUGUGUGUGUGUGUGUGCAGCUAGGGGGUGGUCUGAAGGCUAGGGUCCUUGGGGGGGGUCUAGAGAGAGGGUGGGGGGGGUUUGCAAUGUCUGUAUAAUAUUUUUCUUAUUUAUUGUUAAUUUUAUACACCUGCUUCUAUGCCGUGCCCAUCUGGCUGUAUGCAUCACUUGUGUGUGUGUGUGUGUGUGUGUGUGUGUGUGUGUGUGUGUGUGUGUGUGUGUGUGUUGUGGUUGAAUCCGAUUUUAGGAGAGAGGAAUUAUUGUGGGGGUGUGAUGUAUCUAUUUGUAUGUAUAUAUAUAUAGCUUUCUCUCUCUCUCUCUCUCUCUCUCUCUCUCUCUCUCUCUCUCUCUCUCUCUCUCUCUCUCUCUCUCUCUCUCUCUCUCUCUCUCUCUCUCUCUCUCUCUCUCUCUCUCUCUCUCUCUCUCUCUCUCUCUCUCUCUCUCUCAUUUAUAUUCAGAACAUAUUUUUUUCCUUUUCAUCUUUAAAAUCUCAAAAUUUCUUUCUUCCUUUUAUUCCUCCUCGUUUUUCUUUUUCUUUUGUUUCCCUUUGAAAUAUUCCGCUUUCUCUCAGACCUGCUUUUAAUACUCCCAUUUUCUGUUUCAUCCUCCGUGGUUAUACAUACAUAUCCAAUCACAGUAGACUCACAAUUAGAGGAAUACGAUUAUGUUUUUCCACCCUACCUAACUUUGUACCGUUAAUUUUUUGUUCUUGUCUCCUGUUUUAUAUAUCGAAGAUGGUAGGCUUAGAUUAACUAGUGACAGGGAUUACAUGGGCUCUUAUCCUGGCUGGGACCACCACUUGGGACUACAGUAAGCAGGGCCCUUGAAAAUCAUGUUAUACUCUCUUUCACUGACUCUGGCCUUAGUAGCUUCACUGAGAACACAAGGAGGGACUGUAAUAUAAACAAUGUCCUUUGAAAACCAUCUUAUUGUACUCUUUUCACUGACUGGCCUUUGUGGCUUCACUAAGGACACAAGGAGAGACUGUAAUGUUAACAACAUCCUUUGAAAACCAUGUCAUUACACUCUCCUUUACUGAUUUACCAUAGUAACUUAACUCGGAAUGCAGGAACAUGGUAACUCGCUAAUGUUUUCAUCUCGUAGCUCAAGUAUUCCUGUCUUUCUCUCUCUCUUCAGAUGUCGAGUAAACUGACGAUGCACUCCUACCAAGACCUUUAUUCACUCACAAAAUUACCUCUUUAUAUCUGAGUGAGGAUUUUAGGCAGUUUCAGAGACCAUUGGGAAGACAAGACCAGGAGACUGUGUGGAGGAGGACAAGUCAGUGGGAAGACUUGUGGAGACAGUGAAGAGGACAGGACAGUGGGAAUAGACCUGGACACAGUGUAUGGAGGACAGAGAAAAGAUGAAGACCCAGGGACAGUGUGACGGACAAGACAUAGAGAAGAUAGAAGAAAUGGGGAUAGUAUAAAGAGGAGGACAUAAGAAAGGAAAUGUAAAAGAAGAGAUUGCCAAAUUACAGAGAUUAAGACCAGGAACAUUGUGUGGAGGAGGACAGAAGAAGGAACAUGGAAGAGAUCAUCGGAUUAAAAAAACUGUGAGGGAUUUGCAAGUUGUCCAGCCCUGUGAGGGAAACUAAAGGACAUUAAACAAAAUACUGGUGAUGGAUGAUACUGGUGCAAACAAUCCGGUGCCUUAGUGAAGUCUCUGGUGGGAAUGUAAAGUCAGUUAGCCGAGCGUUUGUAGAGAAAAUGGGUCGUGUGAAGAAUUCAGUCGUUGUACCGGUGAGUUAUUUGAGUUUAUGCCAGGUUUAUCUUGCGAAUUACUAAGGAUGUGAAGGAUGUUAAAACGGUUUACCGCACGUUUGGAAAAGAAAACGGCGUGUAUGAAAAAUUUAGUCAAGUUAGCAAGUUUCUCCUACUGUUACCUUACAAAUAAGCAACAACUUUAGAUGGAAUAUAAAUCAAACUUGCCACACACACACAAAAAGAAAAAAAAGUGAAAAAAAAAACCAUUAGCAGUCACAAAUUAAUAUACCAUCAUUUAAGGUCAUUGAUGAGGUCGUGAGGUCAUGCAGGAGGAACAGGAGAACCAGAGGAAAAGGGGAGGUCACAGCCAAUAUAAAGAGACCCAUUGCUAAUUAUGGGAGUAAAACAGCUGAUUUAGGGGAAAAGUAAUAACAUGUACAGUUGUGAAUUAACCUUUAAAAAUAUGUAUGCCAAAGCUUUAUUGAUGGACACUGUGGACUGUACAUAUUUAGCUUAUAAUUCUUUUUUUUUCCUUCAUUUUUUUUUUUUUUUUUUUUUUUUUUUUUUUAUACCUCACCUCACUAUCCUGUCUGUCUAUUUGUUUGUGUAUCUUAAGUUCCUUCACUAUCUUCCUUGCCACUUUCUGUCCUUGUAUCGUACAUUUUUCUCGAAGUUAUAUCAUCUUAUCUGUCACUUUUUUUUUUUUUUUUAUCUAUUUAUAUAUCAGUCUCUAUCUACAUACCUAUUUAUAUAUGAGUCUCUUUACCUAUCUGUCUAUCUGUCUAUCUACCUGUCCUGUCUUGUACUUAAAUGCCCAUCUAUCUAUCUGUCUGAAUAUAUUAUUAUUAGCUUUGGGAGGGCUGGGCCACUAACUGUGUGGGGGAGAUACCCUGUGUGUGUGUGUAUGUGUGUGUGUGUGUGUCUGAGGCUGCUGCUCUCAGUGUUGGUAGCUAGUUAGAGGCAGCAAAGGAGAGGAGGAAGAUAGGAGUGUGUGUAUGAUUGAUAUUACUGAGGAAAAUUGCAUUGUUUUGUUAUUGGAAGGAAGGAAAGGAAGUGUCUGUGUGUGUGUGUGUGUGUGUGUUUCUGAUAUUACAACGGAAACUGAUUUUUUUUUAUAAUUUGAGUGAAAAUACAAAAGUGUGUGUGUGUGUGUAGGAGAAAAAGAGAGAGUGUGUGUGUUUAGAUAUCAGGUAUUAUGAGAUAUAUUAAAAAAAAAAUGUACUUUAUUCAACAUUUUAACAGCGCAGAGAAAUAACUUUGAAUAUAACAGUUCCCAACACACACACACACACAUACACACAAACACACACACACACACACACUGCACCACACCACCACCACCACCACCACCACCAACAGCCAGUGCAUUAUUAACCAAAUGAAUGACUUAAAUAAUAAUAAUAAUAAUAACUAGCAAACACGACACACCAGUGCUUAUUUUAGGCUUCAAAUCAGCUAAUUGUAUUUAUAUUCUUGAAAUUAUGUUUUUGAAAGCAAUUUAAACCACCAACACCAGUGCAAACCUGUUCCGUUAUGCAGGUGUGUUGCCCUACCUGUGAUUGCACACAGUGACAGGUGUAGGGGUCGCUACCUUGGGAUCUGAGGUGUGUACAGGUGUGGAGUUCUCAUGUGUAAUUACCACUAUCAGGUGUGUGUUUGUUACCUGUGAGGUGUGCAGUUACAUAUUUGUAUUCCUAUAAUCAACAGGUGUGACCCACAAACCUGUACUGAGAUAUGUAUAGGUGUGCUGGGUCCAGGUAACAGGCAAUGGGGGGACGCCGACCCACAGGUACACACCCGUUGUAGCCUUGCAUCAUUAACAGGUGUGUGUGGCGCUGUGACCUCAAAACACGUCAACAGCUAUGUAAAAGGGUCACUUUACCCUAGCUCCAAGUAGACAGGUGUGCGUGCAGUCUUGUACUAGCAGAGUAUUCCAAGGGGCAGGUGUGGAGGCUGUCACCGGGCUUGUAACGAGGCAGGUGUGGCAAGAGGUGACCUUACGAUUCAAGGUACAGGUGUGUUCUGGCACCUUACCUUUAGUUAGGCUAGGUGUGCAGGGCUAGAGUGCCACAGGUGUGUUAUGGCAGCACUGCAGGUGUGUGGGGCUACGUACACACCAAACCUGCUGUGUCGCCAGAAAACACAGGCACUUUCGUUAUCUUGGUUAGUCUUGGAAAGUAUUCUUGUAUAUAGUGAGUGACAGAUCGAUUACUACUACUACUACAACUACUACUACUACUACUACAGCAGCAGCAGAAGCUAUAUCAUGUUUUGUCUCGUUCCAGCAUAGACCAGUCAUUGUACCAGUCACCCGGGCCGUUCUAGUCGGUCUGUGUGAGUUUCCCACAGGUGAUACAAAAAUUAAGGAAAAUAUUAAAAUGAAAGAAACUUAUUAUUUUUUUUCCUUACUACUGAGGAAAAGAAGAAUGUUAUUAUUUUUUCCCUCGCUAAAAAUAUAUGCCUAUCUGUUGCCGAUUUAUAAUUUACGAAAUGAUGAUGAUAAAAAAAAUAAUGCUGUUAUGGUUUAGAAAUAUUUUCCAUUUUGCCAUUGCAGAGAAAUUGUAAAAAAUAUGAAAAUAUGACAUUUGUGAUAACUUC